GCGGUGAUGAGCGCUGCGUCCCGGACCCUGUGCGGCUGCAAGCGGGGGAACAGCGCGGGCCGGAGCGGGAGCCACACAGCCCUGUUCCUAGGCAGUCCCGCAGCGACCCCGCUGAGGCCCUGGCGCCCCAGGCUCCACCCAGGACCAUGAGCACAGGCCUCCCUGGGGCCCCCCAAGGGGUGAUGAUGGCCGCCCAGCCCAUGCCCCACAGCCCCCCUCGGACUGCCGCCUCCUAGCGUCCAGGACCUGGGGCCAUGCCGGGUGAGCGGCCCCACGGAGCGCCGCCCCCUGCCACCACCAGAGACCUGCAUCCCCACCAAGGUGCAGGGGGCCUGCAGCGCCCCUCCGAAGCCUCCCACGAGGACCAGCCCCCCAGCAGCAGGACGGCCCAGGCCACAAGAAGGGCAAGCUGCAAAGCCCUGGCCAGGGACCCGCCCAAGGCCCAGCCAGGGCAGGCUCGAGAGGUGGAGCCCCAGGCCACGCUCCUUCGGCCCCGCCCCCUUCGUGGUCCCCCAGGGAAGGGAGGUGGCCCCCCGACCCCACCUGCAAGGAGCCACCCAGGGGCACAGGUAUGGCUGGCAAACAAGGCAGACAGCAGCCCCCCGCAGCUCUAUGGCCUGGGCAUUGCCAGCCCGAGGGCCAAGCCUGCCCUGGAUGAGCCCCCCGAGGGCUGGCCACGUGAGGCCCCCCAGGACUCCCAAGCAGAAGCUUGCAGCAGGCCCAACCUCUCUGGGGCUGAGGCCCUGCCCACCCCCAAAGAGCUUCACUCACAAAGGUGCUUCCAGGAGGCCCCCUCCAGCUUUACCUCCAGCAACUAUACCUCACCGAGUGCCAGCCAGGGACCCCCUCGGGCCCCGCCGAGCAAUGGUGCCAGCCCCCCAGCACUGGCCUCCAUCCCGGAACUCCAGGCCAGCGGGGCCAGCUCCUGGCCUCUUGCUGCUGAGGACAACUUCCCAGGUGCUAAUUUCGGGGUCUCCCCCACCGAGUCAGAGCCCUUUCAUGAGGGCAGCAGGCCUGGCAGCCCCAGGGGGAGCCCCUUCCCAUACCCACUCCAGACACAGGCCUCCCAUGAGGACACAGCUGGGCAGGGCUAUGCCAAUGGAGCACUGACCUUUUCCUUCCACCAGCCCCUGGGGAGGUGGCCAGAGGUGGCCAUGGGCACCAGCCCUGCCUACCCACUGCCCCCCACACCCUCGCCCCUGACCUGCUGCCCCCGCCAUCCGGGCAGCCUCGAGGCCACUGGCGACAGUGCCGAUGCCCUCUCCCCACCCGGCGCUGCUCCCCUGGCUCCAAGGCCCUUCCCCGACAGUUUGCACAAGAACCUGACUGAAGUCCUCCCUGAAAGACACCCUUCAAGCCAUGAAGGGCUGGGGAGCCCCAGGGCACCCCUAAUCCCUGGUCCCCAAGGGCACUUUCCAGGACAGGGGUACAGAGCUAACAAGAUGGGCAGCAGCCCGGGGCCUGGGGAUGCCGAGCCGGCUACCCCCAGAGCCCUGCCAGCCAGGCUGCCCCAGCUAUGGGACCCCACGGCAGCCCCCUAUCCCGAGCGCCCCGUGCACGCCCCAUCCACCACCGGUGCUACCUUCUUUGAUAGCCCUGGCCAGCAGCUCUGCCUCCCCCAGAGCCCCACAGUGCCCUGGUCCCCCAUGCUCCCCAGCCCUGGGCCGAGCCCCCAUCAGAGGGAAGUGCUGAGCCAGCUGCCAUUCCCCAGGGGGCCCCCCGAGUGGCAGGAGGGCAAGCAGGGAGCUCUGGGUGCUGCCAACCAGAUGCCUGGGCGUGGGGAGACACUGGUAGCCCUGAGAACCAGCCCAGGCCAGCCAGGUAGCUCCCCGGGGCUGCUCCCCUACAGUGGACUAAAGGACCCUGGAGCCCAGGCCCUAUUCUUCGGGAGUACCCAGCCCCAGGUGUCACCCCGAGGGGCCUCGGGCCUGCCCCCACCCAGGGUGGUAGGGGUCUCUCCCAGCGAAUCCCCCCUGCCCUCUCCCGCCACCAACACAGCUGGCAGCAGCACCUGCUCCUCCCUGUCCCCACUGUCCAGCAGCCCAGCCAACCCCAGCUCUGAGGACAGCCAGCUCCCUGCACCCCUGGGGCCCUCGGGAUUCUUCCUCCCAGCCCCCCAGCCUCAGGAGACUGGAAGCCCCUUCCAGUCCCCAGAGCCCCGCAGCACUGGCCCGCCCCACUUCCCACUCACCUCGGAUGGGCUGCGGCCCGAGGGUGCCCUUGAGUUCCGGGAUGUCGAGGGCCAUGGGGCAGGCAGGGAGGGGCUGCAGGGCUUCCCCCAGGGCCCAGCCACCUAUGCCACACACCACUUCCCACUGAGCAGCGCCAGCCUGGACCAGCUGGACGUGCUGCUGACCUGCAGGCAGUGCGACCGCAACUAUAGCAGCCUGGCCUCCUUCCUUGAGCACCGGCAGUUCUGCAGCCUGCUGCUGGCCCGGCACGGGCCCCAGGGGCGCACCACUGCCCCCAAGGCGCCAGCCCCCACACACCCAGGCCUUCUGGGCCACAGCCAGACCAUCCCCUUCCUGCUGGCUGGGGAUGAGCAAACAGAGGGCAAAGACGAUGCCCUGCGGACAAGCUUCCUGCCCAGCCUGGCCGCCCCGCCCUUCCCACUGCCUGCCUCAGACCUGGACUUGGAGGACAAUGCCAAGCUCGAUGAUGCCAAGCUAGACAGCCUCAUCACCGAGGCCCUCAAUGGCAUGCAGGACCCAUCAGACAGCCCCGAGAUUGACAGCAGCUUCAUCGAUGUCUUCGCUGACGAGGACCCUCCAGGCCUCAGGGGCCCUGGUACUGGGAAGCCCCCCAGCACCCGGGCAAGUGCCACCCUGGAGCACCAUGCCCAGCCCCUACCCCCAGCUGGAGGGGCCCUGCAGAAGGCCAGAGCCCCCUGCCCUGAGGACAGAGCCUGCCAAGCCCAGAGUGAGCCCAACACCCCCUGCCUGGGCCCAGCACCCACGGAGGCCACUGCGCCCAGCCCAGGGAGGCAGCCUCGGAGAGGGAAGCAGCUCAAGUUGUUCUGGAAAGAGGUGGAUGCAGCCCACAGCGCCAAGGGACCUGGCAGAGCACCCUGCCCGAGGCCUAGGAGGAGGGGCCGCAGUGCCCAGCAGACCCCACCCCACCCCCGGGACCUCAGAACCCAGGCCAAGGGCCACAUGGACCCCGAUAAGCGUGUCCCCAGGGCCCUCCUCCUCCCUGCAGAGACCAGGAAUGCCAAGGGCCUGAGACUGCCCCCUAGGAAGGACCCCAAGAAGCGGAGGGCGCGGCGGGGCAGCAGCUGGAACAAGGAGCUCAUCCACAAGAUCGUGCUGCAGAAGAACAAACUGUACCGACUGCAGGUGCCCUCACAGGCCCAGCAAGGACGACUGGGGGACUUCAACUGCACCUCCGAAUCCGAGGAGGACAGUCCUGAGCCCAGCGGUCCUGGCCACAGAGGCCAUGCCCGCCAUGGCCGCCGGCAGCAGCGCCUGGGCAGGAAGACGAAGGAAGGGGUUCUGGGCCACGGCCCCAGCAAGACAGGGAGGCUGGGACCUGGUGAAGACAGGGGCUCCCCAGCCCCAGCGCAGCUGCACAGCCCAUCGCACAGCCAGGACAGAGACCCCACGUGGACUGGUCGCCCCACAGGAGCCCCCAAGGACAUCACAACCCCAGAGGAAAGCCAUCCACCUCUGGGCCUCCGCCAGGCAGCCCAAAAGCCUGAAGCUGCUGAAGAGUUGCCGCCUGACACCGCAAAACUCAGAGAGGUGGCCCCCUGGGAGAGAGGACGCCCCAGGCCUCCCACUGCAGAGAGUCCACGGCCGAGCAGAGGAGAUACCAGGAGACCCCAGCCCUCAGAGAGCCACCCCAAAGUGUCACCCAGCAGGACUGUGCCAAGACCAGCAGGGAGUAGUCUGCUGGGUACCCCCAGCCACACAGAGUCCCCCAAGCCCCCUGAUGGAGAAGACGCCCCUGCUUGCCAGCCUAGAGACGCCCAGACGCUGGCUGCUAAUCCCACCAGGGCGGCCUAUUCCAAAAAGGGCAGUCCGAUCUCUAGGAGUUCCGAUCUUGGUUGCAGUCCUGCCCACUUUAACGGACACUCUGUGGGGAUUCCAGCCACCCACAAAGGGGCCCAGCCCCACAGCACGGCCCCUACUGAACUGUUCCUCGAGCCCAAGGACCCAGCUGUGGACACUCCGCCAGUCGGCAGCUCCUACCUUGGCCAGGACCAUGUGGACCCCCUUGAGCCCAAACCACCAAAGAAUAUGCCCUACGCAGCUGAGGCUGACCCAGGCCCAGCCCAGUCACCGCUGACUCUGGAGUCCACGAGCCUCUUCGUCGGGCUACCUGAGGACGGCUUCGACCCACCACUCUACGACAGCCUCUCGCCACACCAGGCCAGCCCCAUGCCGCUGGCCUGUGCCGACCCUCUCCCGAGGAAACCUCUGAUACAGCCACUGUUCCCCCCAUUCCUGCUGCUGGAGGAGGUGUCCCCGAUGCUGCCCAGCCAGUUUCCUGACCUCUCAGGGCCAAAGCCAUUCCAGAAGAAAUGUCCCAGUGAAGAGACGGCUCCCUCAAGCCCCGCACCUGUUCCUGGGAAGAGAACCGAAUACAACGCAGCCUUUAUGAGCAACCUGUCCGAGGAUGAAUUAGAAAUCAAAAGACUGGUCUCUGAAUUGGAAAGCCAGCUGCAAAGGCGGGAGGGCCCACAGGGAGCCCCCAGGGGCCUCAGUGAAGCCGCACAUGCAGCCACGCCAAUGCGGGCCUGCCAAGCCACCCCACCCCACAGUGACGUGGCCCACCACACAGGUCCUGGGGAGUGCAGGCCACACGGGGAAGGUGUGCAAACAGUCAUGUCCCCCAGGAAAGGGGCACUCGGGAGCCCCCAGGGGGAGCAGCCCCCAGCAGCCCCACCCCCUGGUCACCACAAAGACCAGGCUUCGGGGGCUCCUUUGGGGCCCAUGGGGUACAGCCUGUCAGCACAAGAAAGUGGAGGCCACGAGGCCGAAGGAAACAGCAGGGCCCUCCCGGGCACGGGUCUGCCUGACCCCCGUGAGCACCCGGAGGUCCCCCUAGAGGCUGGGGGUUCAGCAGAGCACAGUCCAGGCCAUGACCUUUUAUCUCCCAGAAAAGGCAAGUCACCCAGGACCCAGGAGCUCGGGGGCUCCCCACCGCCGCUUGCCUGGGAACAGAGCAGAGGGCAGCGCCCGGCCACUCCCACACCUGACCAGGGGUUGUGGGCCAGUGGGGCUGUCUCUUUGGAUGUCAUCUCAGCCUCAGAUGCCAGCCACAGCCAUGCUUCCCAGGGGCCAGCUCCCAGGACACGUGGGCCGCCUGGCAUCCUGGCAGAGGGAUCUGCCCUCCAGGGCCGAGAAGGCCCAUCCCACCGUGGACCCCAGGCUGGCCUAGCUUCCAGCCCCUCAUGUCCACUCCAGGUCCUGGGGGCCAGAGCUGAGGGCGAGGAUGGCAUCCAGAUCUCAAAGAAGCCUCCACCUGCCAAUGCCCAAAGCCCUUGGCACAGAGCCCCCCCAGGUGCAGGAGGAGACAGAGUGACAGGUGGCUCUCUUGGGGGUAUGCAGGACAUGGCCGCCUCCACAGCAACGGAGGCAGACACACAGCUGGGCUCCCCUGGCCAGGCCAAGAAGCCUAAGGCCCAAGGCAAAGCCCACCAUGGCCUGCCUGAUGCCUGGUGGAGCACAGGGGCACCAAGUAACAGUGCCAAGGCCACCGCCCUUCCCGGAACACCCAGGCUGGCUGGGGCCACAGCUGGGCUCCAGGGAGGCAGCACAGCCUCAGGCCUUCGGGAGCGGGCGCAACCAGCCCCUGGCCCUCAGCACCCCUUGGAAACAGCAGCCUGCACCCAACGGGGGCCUGAGGAUAGGCCCCUCAGGGAGGUGGCCUGUCCCGCACCCCCCACUGGGGGCCCAACCACAGCCACCCCUGCCCCCUGCAGCCUCGAGCACACACCCCAGGAAGCCCUUCCCUCUAUGUCUCUGGGAGGGACCAGCUGGCCCCAGGCCCCUGUGGGGGCCGGGGAUGCAAGUCCCCCAUCUUUGAUGACAAGCCUCUGUGGCCUUGAGAAUGUCCCGCCUCCCACUCUCCUGGGGGCCAGCAGCCCCAAAGACUGGCCAGGCCUCAGCAACAUCCUAACCCCAACCACCACCCAGAGCCAGGAUGGUCCUGGCAGCAGCAAGUCAAGAACCCUAGAGGAUUUCAGAAGAGAGCCUGGGUGCUCUCUGACCUGUGCCACCUCACCUCGACCAGGAGCACCCGCAGUCACCAAGGAACGUGAUGCAGAGAUUGUCCCCACCAACCCUGGUGUAAAGGCAGUCGGGGAGCCACGGGUGCUGGAUGCCACCUCACAUCCUCCAUGCCUCACCCCUCACCUUGGCCACAGGGAUGGCCACAGCAUCGUGGCCACACACACAGACCCCACCUCAGUGGGCUGCACACAGCCAUGCCCCUUCCCCUGCCUGGAGAGGGAGGCGGAGGUCAUCAGUGAGGGACAGGAGGAUGUAGGGACUGGUGUGACACAGGUGCCCACAGCCGGCCCCCAAGGCCUGACUGCAACCUGCUCUCCCCCAGCUGCCUCACCCAGCAAUGGAGCCAGUGACUCUGGGUCCAAAUCCCCCCAAAGCCACAUGGGGGUCCCUCACCAGAUGCCCCAGAUGGACCCCCUCAGUUCCCCGGACCCCAAACAGAAACCCUACGGCUUUAAAAAGAAGCCAGAGCCCGCAGAGAAAGGGAUACCACCUGUCCCCUGUGUUACCUGCGAGAUCUGCUCAGCCUCUUUCCGCUCAGGGCCUGGCCUGAGCCGGCACAAGGCCAGGAAGCACCGACAGCAGGGAGGCACCACUCCGCGGUGCAGGGCACCUGGGAAGAAGAGCCGCAGGACACCUGGCAAGGACAGACCAAGUCACACUUUGAUGCUCCCCAGCCACCCUGCUGGACCAUCUCACCCACAGGGCUCCACAGCACCUGAGGGCUCCACGGGUCCUGAGACAGAGCAGAGGGCUAAAAGGGGCCCCAGGGUACCAGACCAUCCCCUUAACCAGCAACUGCAUACUGUGAGCCUGACGGAGCCCGGGGAAGCACCGAAGCCCAGACACGCCCAGCCAGAGGCAAACAAGCUGCACCCCAGACAGACAGAGAGAAGAGAAGGGCAGAGGCGAAGCCGGGGGCCCAGAGACUCCCCUAGCACCGCAGCCCCAAAACUGCAGGAGAAUGUGGGAAAGGGCCGAGCCGGGAGGGCCCGGGCAGAGCAAAGGACGGCAGACCGGCGCCACUCCAAGCCGUCCAUGGCCACUGCCAGCUGCGCACCAGAGGGACAGCAGAGGGGAGACGGACGGCCUGGGAUCCCAGAGGACGCCGCAGAUGACCCUGGCCUGGGGGAGCCUUGUGCAGCGGACACCACACCCCAGAAGUCCCCAGGUGAUAAGAGGAGCCCCGCAGGAAGGGCAGACGGGGUGUCCCCUGGGGAACUUCCCAAGGGGCGGAAGGGAGCCCCAGCAAGGGGGCUCUGGGAACCCACAGUGGCCAAGACAUCGCAUGAGGACCCAUUGCACGCAUCUGCAGGAGAAGUUGCAGAGGACUGCGCAGGGGCCAGGGGCCAGCCAGGCCACAGCCUUAGGGCAGGGACGCUUGUCCUUCCUGCAGCGUCCAGUUCUGACACUGGCGGCACCGUUCUCAGUGGCCCACAGGGUCUCCUGGAUGCCCCAGCAGCCCAGGGUGGGGACUCUCCGAGUGUGCUUGAUGAGGACGUGUCCUUUGCCCAGCUCUUCCCGCCUGGUGGCCGCUUCGCCAGGAAGAAGAACCCCCGGGUCUACGGGAAGCGCUGCAGGAGGCUGCGGUGCUGGCCGCCCACCGAGGCACUCAGCCAGGCCAGGGGGGACCCUCCGCCCUCCGCCCAGCUGCCCACGGAUCUCAGCGACUCAGGCUCCCUCUGCCUGUCCUGUGAGGACCUGUGGGGUAACGAGCCCAUGGAGCUGCCUGAGCCUUGGCUGCUAGAAGGGGCACUGAGCAGCAGCACCCCAGGCCUCAGCCUCUGGGCCCUGGAGCCCGGCAGGGAGGCCAGCUGUGUAGACAAGACACCCCCCUGCAGCACUAGCAACGAUCAGGCAGAGACCAUCCCUGAGCUACACAGGAUCCCUGGAGCCUGGCAAGGCCUGGGGCUACAGGUACCCCCACCAGAGCCACCCGGAGAUGUGAGCCCAGAGCCCCCCAACCUGGAGAGAGAGGGCUACGAGGAGGGGCUGUCCAGAAACGUGGAAGACUUGGAGAUGGUCAGGACCACCCUGGAGGCAGAGGACCUGUGCUUCCCGGGACCCUGGGAGGACCCUGCCCGUGGUCCCAGCACCACCAGCACCUUGGACCUCCAGGACAGAGAGGGGCCGGCCCUGGGCAGGAAGGGCUCCUUCAAGUGCCGCGUGUGCUUCCGGCGCUUCCAUGGGCUGGGCGAGCUCGACCUGCACCGCCUGGCUCACAGCGCGGCACCGCCCCCCACCUGCUAUAUGUGCGUGGAGCGCAGGUUCGGCUCUCGCCAGCUGCUGCGCGAGCACCUGCAGGAGAAGCACGUGCAGGGCCAGGCGGGGCCGUGGGCCUGUGGCAUGUGUCUAAAGGAGGUGGCGGACAUCUGGAUGUACAACCAGCACCUGCGCGAGCACGCUGCCCUCUUCGCACGCAAGGGGCAGGCUCGGCGGGCCCGGGGCGAGCUGUCCGCGGGCUCAGGGGACGAGGGAGCCUCGGCAGAACGAGCUACACCCCAACGGGGGGCAGGAGGGGCGGACGGGAGGGGUGGAGAGGUGGCCCCGAGGGACAGGGCCGAACCUGCCCCCUCUGAGAGCCCUCACGGCGCCUCGACGCCGCCCAGCGUGCCCGGCGGCGACGGCCGCGCCUCCCCGAGCCCGUGUCCGGAGCCCCGGCAACACAGCGAGCCCCAGCUCCGCGUCGGCCCGGUGCACGCGGACUGCAAAGACCCGUCCCGCGACUGCCACCACUGCGGGAAGCGCUUCCCCAAGCCCUUCAAGCUGCAGCGCCACCUGGCGGUGCACAGCCCACAGCGCGUCUACCUGUGCCCGCGCUGCCCCCGCGUCUACGCCGCGCACCGCGAGCUGCGCGCGCACCUGGGCAGCGCGCACGGGGUGGUGGGCCCCGGUGCGGACGGGCCCGUGUCCCCAGGCAGCCCGGCCCUGCCCCGCCUCUGCCCACAGGCGGCCCCCGGCACCGCUCGGGCCCAGGAGAGUCUCGAGGACACUGCGGGCCGCCCAGGCCCACCCACGGCCAGCACAGACCCUCCACCCCCAGCUCUGUCCCCUCUCCCUGAUGCCCAGCCGGAAAGCAGCGAGGGCCGAGAGCCAGACCAAGCCUCGGAGAGGCCGGAGGACGAGGCUUCCACAGGCAGCUCUGGGCCUGGGAGACAGCAGGCUCCCCACCUUGCCUCAGGGAAACGCGGGACCCUGGGGGACCGUGGCAGGUGCGCCCGCGACCUGCCCCUAGGAGAGCCCUCCCUGUCCCUGAAAGAGAAGCAGGUGUCACCUUGCCAUGUGGCGCCUGAGGGGGGCACAGCCGGGCCCUCCCACGACGGUGGUGCCACCAAGCUGGGGGCUUGCCAGAGUGCAUCGAAGCCCAGGCCGGGGGCGACCACCUCUAGCAGGGCGCCCAAGCUACCAGGACAACCAAGGAAGCCCACACACAUUGGGAGCCCAGCUCCCGGAGAGCUGGCCCCCGGCCCUGAAAACAGGAGGAAGCCUGCCACCCCCAAGGCCAGGCCUAGGCCUACCUCCCAGGGCAGUGGGGGGGCACGCCCUGGCACCAAGACCUCAGGGGGCAGCCAGCCGCAGCCGGCCAGCGGGCGGCUACAGAGUGAGACAGCCAUCACCCCGGCCAAGCCCCGCGGCCCGAGCCAGAGCCCCGCACCACUCCCGCUCCCACCUCGAGCCCAGGCCCGGGGCAGCCCCAAGGGGACCCAGGCGUGUGCAGGUCCCCAGGAAAAGGCAGAGGGCAGUGAGAAGAGGAGGAAGGGGCCAGGCCCAGUGAAGCGGGAAAGCACAGGGAGCUCAGGCAGAACCCCCCCAGCCCCCAACAGGCCUCCCCGGGCCCCCCGGAAGCAGGCCACCCCUAGCCGGGUGCUCCCCACCAAGCUCAGGCCCAGCGGUCAGAUCAGCAAGAUGAGGCCUCAGCCCUGGGACGCUCAGAAGGGGGAGCCUGGCCCAGGCCACCAGAGGGAGGUGCUGAGCAAGGCCUUCCCCCAGGCAAGGAGGGGCAGGUCUGUCCCUAGUACCAGGCCCGCGGCGUUCCGAGACCACCGGACCGCUGAGUCCCAGAGCGACCUCCUUAGCCAGCUCUUUGGGCAGAGACUGACCAGCUUCAAGAUCCCUCUCAAGAAGGACACUUCCGAGUGAUGUAUAAGCAGUGCCCAGCACGGAGCCUGGGCCCCAGCGAGGCUCCUGGUGGUGGCUGCUCCGCACCUGAGGUGGCGCACUUCGGGGCCCCCCACCCGCCUCACCCCACCGACACUCCAAUGGACCGGUGAAGGUCCGUUUCUUGCCAGAAGGCUGAGAGUGAGGGAUUGGCCCGCUGCAGCCCUGUUGAGACUACACAGCUGUUUUCUUGGUACUAAGUACUUGAAAGAGCAGCUCGUGCCCUGCCCAGCCCCAUGUGCCGCAGGCUUGGCAGCAUAUGCUGCAGACCUCGUCGGAAGAUUUGCACAGAGUCCCCCGUCACCAAGCAGGGAAGUAAGUGCGGGCAGUUGACCAGAUGGUGGCCUUUCCCUCGUAGUCUUGCUGCUGCUGGAAUUCCAAAGUGCCCUUAGGAAUCCCAUCGGGCGCCCAGGGCUCUCCAUGUGGACCACUUCUGAGCCACCUGAUCCCCAAGAGCGCCAGCCCUCCGCCCCCCUGACCACAGGAUCAUGCCUUCCACUGGCCACAAUGCGGAUGCUUCUGGGGCCCCUGCUUCCCCAGGGAACACGGAGAGAGCCGCUGCCCCUCCGGGGCCCCUCUCUGGAGCCCUCCUCCCCACGGAGCCCUGGGCUGUGUGCAUCCUCAGUCCUGCUCAGAAGCUUCUGGUGCUAUUUUCAUAUUGUAAUGUGAAUACUGGGUUCUCCUGAAACAGGAGGGGGCGGGGAGACAGCGCUGGGAAGACUGGAGGAGGCUGCAGCCAGAGCACGGAGACAACAUCCCAGGGUUUCCCACAGGCCUCCUUAGUAGCCCAUCCCGGGUCCCCCAGACGGAACCUGCCAGGUACCCACAUCCUGGCCCAGCACCCCACCAGGAAGGGCAGACAGGAGGGCCUGAGAGGCGCCAUGCUCUUCGGGGAAUCUCAGAUUCACAGCUUGUUUUGUUCCGUUUUUAGUUUUUAACGUGGGUGCAAUGUGUAUGUGAAAGGUUUCAUUUUGACAUUUUGAAAGACACCACAUGGGGCCCAGGCUGCCCCCCCAGAAGGUGCUAGGGCCUUGUAGACAGCCUCUUUCUCACAGACGAAGACAGGAGAGGGGCCUCAGGCCAAGCUGUAAUAACCACAGCCAGCUCAUCUUUCUGAAUAUAUUCCCACUAUUUUCACACAAA